UUUUUAUUCAUCUUACUGUUUGUGGGCGCCAUCUAUGUGUUGAAGCAUGCAAUAAUUAUAAGUCAGCUGACUUUGACAGCUGUGAGGACUCAUCUAUAAAGAUUAUUUACAAAAAUGCCGGGUAAAAGGAGACCGUGGCGAAAGGAAUUGAAAAAGCAGCAACGAAAACAAAAAAGGCAAAAUGCUGCCCAAAAACGCGAUCAACUAUUGGAAGAAGAAGAAGCAAGGAAACUCAAAGAUCCCUCCCAUCAACAAUUUUUACAACAGCAAGCGCUCCUUGAAGAGCAGAAAUUACGUAAAAUUGAAAUACUGCACGACGCAGAGGAAGAAGCUUGGCUCAGGCGCGACCUAUUAGCUCAUCGCCAGUUCCGCCUAAAACAGCAGCAACAUGCAGCAGCGGAGGCCGCUGCAAACGCUAUACGUGCACAGCAAGAAAAGGAGUUGAUAGCUAAGUUAGCAGAGGAGCAACGGCGACGUGAUGAACGCGAAAAACGUGAAGCUGCCGCUGCUGCUGAAUUUGAGCAAAUGUUGCAGUGUAUGGAAACAUUUCUCAAUGAUGAAGGUGAGCCCCCCGCAGAACUGCGUCGUGUGGUAGAAUCACGACCCGGACAGAAAUUAUGCGCCUUAUAUGAACGCACAAAUUGUUGCCGUUAUGGACCAACAUGCAUUCACAAUCAUCGUCGACCAUUACUCUCCAAUAUCAUUGUUGUGCGUCACUUCUUUAUGCAUCCACUACUGGAAGAGGAAAACGAACACCAGGAAUAUGCGAAUGCAGAUGGCAAUCUGGAGUUAAGUGAACAAGAUUUAUGUGAAGCUUACGAUGAAUUUUUUGAAGAUGUUGUGCCGGAAUUCGAAGCGUUCGGCUAUAUACAAAAUUUUCGGGCAAUACGAAAUACACUGCGGAACUUGCGAGGUCAUGUCUUUGUCGAGUAUAUAGAGGAAAGAUCUGCUCUAAAGGCUUUUAUAAGGCUACAAGGACGUUAUUAUGCUGGAAAACAAUUAAAUGUUGAAUUUGCAAACAUACAGACGUGGCGUAGUGCAAUUUGCGGUUUAUCACAUUCGCGUAAAUGCCUCAAAGGCAACAAAUGCCAUUAUUUACAUUUGUUUAGUAAUCCAGGCAAUAAGUACAACACACCAAUGGUUAUUAAUAGAACACCUAGUAUUAAGGCCUCUAUGGCCACACCGCUGCUAAGUUGGAAUGCGGUGACAGCAAGCGAUGUGAAACACAGUUCGCGCAAUUGGCGUUGGUCCGAAAGUCCUGAAAUGGAGGUAUCUGCAGCGAGAGAUGAGUUGGAGAUUAAUAAGACAGAAGUUAAACAUAUCGAUCACAUGAAUGUUGAGCCAACUAGUGGCAAUAGUCAUAACGAUAAUAAUAAAAGGCAUAAGCGAAAAAAACAUAAACAUAAACAUGAACGCCAUAAAGCGCAUAAGAAGCAUAAACAGAAGCGCGAGCACAGUUCCGACAGCGUGGACAGUGACGCUGUACGCCGUGGUAAAAGCCAAACUAAGCAAAAAAGCAAAUAUUCACGAUCUUCGUCGUCGUGUUCAACCGGUGACAGUAGUAAACAUAGACGAUCACCUGUAAAAGGCCUUAAAAACAAAUUAAACAAAUAUGAAAGCCGAAGCCAAUCAAGGACAAGGGAUAAAAGUAAUUCAAAAAAAGCGGAAAGAACAUAGCUCAGCACCAUAAUAUUCAUUAUUUAGCUAAUAACAAGGACCUAGUAGCUGAUGACAGCAAUAUUUAUAAAUACAAAAACAAUGACAGCAAAAAUUGUAUCCGGUAUAGUAAGGAUUUGGAGCUGAAAUGUGUGCACUGAACGGCAAUAACUUGGCUCCCAACUAGAUGCUUUGUCCUGGCUGCAUUGUAGUUAUAAAGUGCAUUGUUAAAUUUCGACUUAAUAUAAUGCAGUGAAGUAAAAUUCUAGAAAUUUUCAAAAUGUAGUCCUAAAAAAUUUGUUGCGUACUUUUAGGAGUUUGAAACUAAAGAUUUUAUAAUUUUAUAAUUAUUAAAAUAAAUAAAAAAUACAAAAAUAUUUCAUAAUAAGUACAAAUAAA